AUGGCCGACUUCUGUGAGGACAAAGGCAUCCGACUCGACCUCGCGUCGGUCGCACACCCCGAGUCGAAUGGACAGGCGGAAAGAGCAAACCAGAGCAUCGUCCAUGGAAUCAAGCCACGACUGAUGGUGCCCUUAGAGCGCGCAGCCGGAUGCUGGGCAGAAGAACUCCCCUCCGUGCUGUGGGGCAUUCGUACAACGCCAAACAGGUCGACCGGCUUCACGCCCUUCUUCCUGGUAUACAGCGCCGAGGCGGUCAUGCCCACGGACAUUGCCUACAACUCGCCACGGGUCACCAACUACGCCGAAGAAGACAACGAACACGCUUGCCAAGAUGACAUCGACCUCCUCGACGAGGCCAGGGACCUCGCACUCUCCAGGACUGCCAUCUAUCAGCAAGGCCUCCGCCGUUACCACAGUCGUCCCGUUCGCAGUCGCUCCUUCCAAGACGACAAAGGCGAACCACUCACCCGAGAGGUGGAGCGCCCCUGGAAUGUCAACCUCCUCCGCCGGUUCUACACCUAA